CUCAUCUUCCCUGAGGGCACGUGUAUUAACAACUCAGCCGUUAUGAUGUUCAAGAAGGGCUCCUUUGAAGUCGGAGGUCGUAUAUAUCCCGUCGCCAUCAAAUAUGACCCGAGAUUUGGUGACCCGUUCUGGAAUAGCAGCAAAAACGGUUACAUGUAUUACCUGUUGAUGAUGAUGACCAGUUGGGCCAUCGUUUGUCACGUCUAUUAUUUGCCACCAAUGGUCAAGAAUGAGAACGAAAGUGCUGUAGAUUUUGCGAAACGAGUGAAGGCCGAGAUCGCCAAACGGGGAGGACUUGUGGACCUGGAAUGGGACGGACAGCUCAAGAGAAUGCAAGUGAAGGCCGAGUGGAAGGAACAGCAACAACACGAAUACAGCAAACGUAUUAAGAUUGAGUGAAACACUGGUUGAGUGAAAGCUAUUUACAUACAAAUAUUUAUUUAUUCGUCGAUACAUUCCCAGCGAACUGACGAUUGAAUCGAUUAUAAAUUAUUGUUAAAUGAUUUUUUUAUUCUCAAUCUCUAAAUACUCUGAUUUUUUUACUCCUAGUCAUGACUUUGAUCUAUAAAAAUAUGUGACAUUUUUUUGGAAAACUAAUGACUUGAAUCUGUAUUAUUUAUUAAGUUUUUAGAAUAUUAACAGCAUUUAGAAUAAAUAUAGUUUUUAAUUUAAAAA